AUGGCUCCUUCCUCCGUCCGUGUUCCUCAGAUUGACCUUGCCACAAUUCUUACGGAAACCAAUCCGUAUAUCGACCUCCGCACUCAAGCUUUUGAUAUCUCUUCGCGUAACUUCCUCAAGGCAGUAUCGGACUACAAAACGCGUGAAAUUGCCACAUUAGUUGACCGGCGAACAAGACACGCAUCAGAGGUCAAGCGCACGGUGGAGAAGAUCGGCCACGUUGAAGCUGAGACAAAGGAGUACAAGAUUGAGGAACUCAAACUAGCGGCUGACCUUCAACGGGAGCAAGAAGAACGCAAAGAGGCCGAGCUUUCCGUAGCAGACUACAGAAGGCAGUUGGCAACCUUGGAAGACAAGUGCGCCGCGAUCGAGGCGCAAAUUGAACAAUAUCGUGCCAUUAAAGAAAACCUAGAGCGAAUCAAGAAGAACGAGAACGAUAACUUGCUUGCCUCCGCUGCAGGUGUAUCAUCUCAAACACUCCAAGUUGAGGAACGCCUGGGAUGUGUUGUCGAGGGCUGUGGGAAUGACCAACUGGUUAUUCACAUGCUGCGAAUUGAUCCCGAUAACCCAGACAGGGAAUUUUCACUGGACCUUGACCUUUCGACCGACUUGUAUCAAGCCAAAGCUACCCCCUCGCUACCCCCAUUAAACGCGCUACUCUCCCAACUUCGCAAAAGUGGAGACCUCGUUGCAUUCAUCCGCAACAUCCGUUUAGCGUUUUCAGAGUUGGUCCAAGCCUUGUGGAUGCACGCUCUGCAUCAAGAAAUACUUCCCCCCAGCGGAGUGCAGUUCGCGGUCACACUUCGUCUGACUCCUUCACCACUCCAAUCAACUUCGACUCGACACACACUCUGCAAUCUUGUGGUUGCGCGCUCGAACUUCCUCCGCAUAUUCAAUGUCGUAGAAGAGGAGAUAGAGAAGGAUGACGGGGAAGAUGUAGAUAUGGAUGGCCAGGCAAAACCUCGGUCCACUAUGACCCGAAUAUAUUUCGUCAGAGAGCACUCACUCCAUGGCAUCGUCACCGGAAUGGAGGCCAUACAAAUUAUGGCCUCCAAUGAAGACAAGCUGGACCGACUUUUAAUAUCCUUCAAGGAUGCCAAGAUAGCCCUCAUGGAAUGGUCGGAAAUCGUCCACGACCUUAUUACUGUGUCAAUCCACACAUAUGAACGAGCGCCACAACUCAUCUCAAUGGACUCCUCCGCAUUUCAGGCUCAACUGCGUGUUGACCCAGGCUCGCGCUGUGCAGCGCUUCUCCUCCCUAAAGACGCCAUCGCAAUCCUGCCGUUUUACCAAACCCAAGCAGAUCUCGAAGGCUUGGAUGACCAAGCAAGGGAUAUGCCCUACGCCCCAAGUUAUAUUCUCGAACUUCCGAGCGGCGUUGAAGAGAAUAUGCGCAACGUGAUCGACUUCGUAUUUCUUCCCGGUUUCAAUAAUCCAACAAUGGCCGUCUUGUACCAAACACAGCAAACAUGGACUGGACGACUCAAAGAAUUCAAGGACACUACAAAGCUGACUAUCUUCACGAUGGAUGUCGUUGGACAACACUACCCAAUCAUCACCUCUGUCAGCGGCCUCCCUCAUGACUGCAUCCAUCUCGUUCCGUGCCCUGCUUCAGUUGGCGGAGUAGUUAUCCUCACCAGCAAUGCUCUGAUUUAUGUCGACCAAUCGUCUCGACGUAUCGGGCUUGCUAUGAAUGGUUGGGCUGGCCGAAUAUCGGAGCUUUCGAUGCUCCCGCUCUCAUCAGAAGAGCAGUCCCGCGACAUCACCCUUGAGGGUGCGAGGCUUGUCUUCGCAGACGAGAAAAUAUUGUUCUUAAUUCUGAAAAAUGGAAUGAUUCACCCGAUCGAAAUCGUUUCCGCCGGUAAAACAGUCUCUAAACUUGUCUUCGCCUCGUCAUUGGGUCAGAGCACCAUCCCUGACGCUGUCCGAAAGCUUCCCAAUGGCCUGGUUUUCGUCGGCAGCACUGCCGGUCCAUCGGUGCUCCUCAAGUUCCUCCAAAUGGAAGAGGAAUUCGAGGAGCCUGCUCAAGAAGAUGAUGUCCCAAUGCAUACUUUUGACGACGACGAGGAUAUCUAUGGACCAGUCAAGAAAGACAACAAGCUCACGAAUGGACACUCAGCAACGAAGAAGACGCGAAUAAUCCACCAACUUGUCCUGUGUGACACGUUGGACACGUAUGCCUCUAUCGCAGAUAUGACUUUUGCUGUGGCCUGGAAUGGAGAUCGUGCGGUGCCUGAACUGGUCGCUGCAACGGGAAGCGGGGUCGUUGGCGGAUUCACCCUGUUCCAGCGAGAUCUUCCCGUUGUAGUGAAACGCAAGUUACACGCCCUAGGUGGUACGCGGGGUAUCUGGUCGCUUCCUAUCCGCGCUAUAACCAAGUCUGCUGGGGAUAACGGGGACCCUCAAAGCCAAAAUGACACACUCCUCAUCAGUACAGACGCCACCCCCACACCAGGAUUAUCUCGGCUCGCUCAUCGGGGUCCAAAAGGCGACAUCACAAUCUCUGUGCGAAUACCGGGUUUGACCAUCGGCGUCGGCUCGUUCUUCCAGAGAUCUGCGAUCUUGCAUGUUACUACCAACUCAAUUCGCGUAUUAGAACCGGACGGCACUGAAAGGCAAAACAUCCAAGACAAGGAUGGCAGUAUGCCCCGUGCCAAGAUUCGGUCCUGCAGCAUAUCUGAUCCAUAUGUUAUUGUUAUUCGGGAGGACGACUCGAUAGGGAUGUUCAUCGACACGGACCGAGGCAAAAUUCGCAGGAAAGACAUGUCACCAAUGGGCGACAAGUCGUCGAGAUACUUGACUGGCUGCUUCUUCACCGACACAACUGGACUCUUUGAUAGUUGUUUCGAGAGUGCAAUGCCACCGAACAGCGCAGUCAGUGUCGACAAAGGGGUCCUGCCAAAAAGCAAGUGGCUUUUACUUGUUCGGCCUUCGGGUGUUGUUGAGAUCUGGACAUUACCCAAGCUAACACUGGCUUUCUCGACCCCGGGGUUGGCCAGCCUACAGAACGUCGUCACAGACUCGCACCAGCCACCAACUCCGUCACCUCCGGAGGAUCCUCCUCGAAAGCCCCAAGACUUGGACAUUGAACAAGUCACAAUUGCACCUUUGGGCGAAUCACAUCCGAAACCACAUCUUUUUAUCUUCCUCCGUUGUGGACAUCUUGCAGCUUACCAGAUUGUUCCAGAUGGCACAGCGGAAGAACCCCCAACGAUAACGCGCUCAUCGACUCUCAACCUGAAAUUUGUUAAAGUUCUGGCGCGGUCUUUCGAAAUUCAACGACCAGACGAGAACGACAAGAGCAUUAUCGCUGAACAGAAGCGGAUCUCGCGGCAAUUUGUCCCAUUUGUGACUGGUCGCUCCAAAGGAACCACACUCUCGGGCGUGUUCUUCACUGGAGAUAAGCCAAAUUGGAUUUUGGCGACGGACAAAGGCUCAGUCAAGAUGCAUUCGUCGGGGCAUGCGGUCGUCUAUUCUUUCACCCAAUGCACGUUAUGGGACUCAACUACUGAUUUUUUGGUGUACUCUGACGAGGGACCUAGUUUGCUCGAAUGGAUCCCCGACAUAAACCUCGAUACUGCUUUGCCUUCAAAGUCGAUUCCUCGAGGACGAUCAUACUCACACGUAGCGUUCGACUCAUCGACGUCGUUGAUUGUCGCAGCAUCAUCACUUUCUUCCAAGUUCACAUCUUUCGACGAGGACAACGUCAGAAUAUGGGAAUCUGAUGCACCAAAUAUUACAGAUCCUCUUGGAGAGUGCUCCUGCCUGGAGCUCAUAUCACCGGAUUUAUGGAUUUCUAUGGACGGUUUUGAAUUUGCGACCAAUGAGUUUAUCACGGCGCUGGCCAUUGUGAACCUUGAGACAUCUAGUACCGAGUCUGGGAACAAGGAAUUCAUCGCGGUCGGAACGACAAUCAACCGCGGAGAAGAUCUUGCGGCCAAAGGCACCACGUACAUUUUCGAGAUUGUGGAGGUCGUUCCAGACCCGACAUUGGCUCCCAAAAGGUGGUAUAAACUGCGUUUGCGGUUCAAGGAUGAUGUCAAGGGACCAGUUACCGCACUCUGUGGAUUCAAUGGUUACCUCGUCUCAUCAAUGGGCCAGAAGAUUUUCGUGCGUGCCUUUGAUGAUGACCGACUUGUUGGCGUGGCUUUCCUCGACGUUGGUGUCUAUGUAACCUCGCUGCAAACGAUGAAGAAUCUGCUCUUGAUCGGCGAUGCUGUUAAGAGUGUGAUGUUUGUCGCCUUCCAGGAGGACCCAUAUAAACUGGUCAUCCUUGCACGUGACCUUGCGCGCGUUUGCGUCACCCGAGGCGACUUCUUCUUCGCGGAGGGCGAGGCAUCGAUGCUCACCUGCGACGAAGAAGGGGUGAUCCGGAUGUACGAGUACAAUCCGCAUGAUCCCAACUCACGUGAUGGUCGACAUCUGCUGUUACGAACUGAGUUCCAUGGGCAGUGCGAGUACCGCGCGUCUCUGACGAUCGCACGGAGGGUGAAAGAGGAGCCUAUUCCGCAAGCCAAGCUUAUUUGUGGCUCAACGGAUGGGUCCUUGAAGUGCCUAACGCCCGUGGACGACGCAACAGCCAAACGUCUGCAGCUACUGCAGGGCCAGCUUACGCGAAAUAUGCAGCAUUUCGCUGGUCUGAAUCCCAAGGCUUUCCGAAUCGUGCGCAAUGACUUUGUCUCCAAGCCCUUGUCCAAGGGCAUACUAGACGGAAACCUACUUGCACAAUACGAAGCACUUCCGCUGCCUCGACAAGUUGAGAUGACGAAUCCGAUCGGGACAAAAAGGGAAGAAGUGUUGCGGGAUUGGAUGAGUUUGGUGGGACCGUGGUGA